AUGGGUAAAGCUCGAAAGAAGAAAACAGCGCGUCGUCACAAUCCUAUUCGCGUGCCUGACUCCCAUAUCCCCCAUGGUCUCGCCGCGGCCGCGUCAACAUCCACUAAAAAAGAUUCGAUCCCACCGGUUUUCCACCAGAUCGCGAGCGCUAAUGCUACCGAUCGGGCGUUUGGCUGCGCGUCAGUCAGCAAUUUGAUUCACAACGACCCAUCCACGCGCCGAUUACUUCAAGGGAAAGGCAUCAUCGAUGUUCUGAUCGAGAAAUUGUCAGACCCGGUCGAAGAGGUAGUUGUGGAAGCUUCUGGUGCACUAAGGAAUUUGGGCAUCGAUGGUGGGCACGAGAUAUGUGCACAGAUGUACAAUCGUAACAUUCUGGCAUCUAUGACUCCCUACAUCCCGAAGAUAUCAUCUGCAAUAUCAACGUUUUUGACUGCACCACCAACUUCGAUGCACAGGAAUCUAGUCUUCCAACUAGCAGAGAAUUUGAUAACGCUUUUCUGGUGCCUAUCAGAAACGUCAAAUAAGGCUUUGAACGCGAUCAACAAUGUAGGGUUAAUGCCCUUCUUAAUGGCCUUUUUGGAACAUCGUGCGCAACUGCCGCUCGCUCUCGUCAACGCGGCAGCCCAGUGCAUUUACGUCCUUUCGGAUGAUAAUGCCUCCACGAUUGAAGCCCUUCGCACUGGGAAAUCUUCUUUUGUCCCUAGUCUCCUGUCGGUUGUCCAGUCUGACUUCGUCACACCCGUCACCACUGUGAAGUCGUCAUCGGAGACCGAGGCUAUAAUGCUUCGCGUACUUGUGUGUGGGAUACUCAAGAAUAUAAGUCCUAUACCACCCAAGGCCACAGGCGGGGAGACUCUAAAUUUGGAUAAGGACAUUAUAUUACCGAUCCUAACGCCGUUACUGAACGUAUCUCUGGGAGAUGCAUCGAGUGUCGUCGAAGCCAUUUCGUCCCAUUCUAAAUCUAAGAUCCCCACACACUUACAAAAUACGCCGGGAUCGGAUCAUAAAUCCCCUGAUGAGCAUGAGCUAGAACGCAUCGAGGCUCAAUUGCGAACGGUUCAGCUUGCGCUUGAGAUCCUUUCUGGCAUUUGUGCAAGUUUGCCCGAUUUCGAGGAUGAUCCUGGAGAUGAAGCUGAAUUUGAUAUUGAAGACUCUGGCGCAGGUGCGCAAGGUAACGAAGAUGAGGAUGCGUUGCAUGCUGGAACGCCAAUUACUUUGUUGUCACUCAGCACUCCGCUUCUCGCUCUUAUUGCGCCCACGCCACUGUCAUUCCCACCUCCUUCAUUACCUUCUCUUCACCCACCUACAACGUCCGUCUUGAGCGCGAUUCAUAUCGUUGCCUUAGAGUGUUUGAACAACCUCUUUGUGAAGGUGCAAGGACAGGGUGAGGAGAGUGUCAAAAAAGGUGCGGAGGGGGUUUGGAAUGCAGUGUGGGGUUCGUUAGGGGAUGUUAAUGGGCCUGGGAGACCUGGACUUACGUUUGGGAAUCCGGCUGUGUUGGGGACGGAGAAGAGGGGGGAAGCUUGGCUUGUUGCGGUUGGGGCGCUUUGGGGAUUGGCGAGGGUUUGUAGGGGAACUUUGGUCCCUAAUGCUGAGCAAGUCCAGAUACUUAUGGAACUUUGCGAUAUUGUUACAGAGGAAAAGGCCAAGGUCCAGUGUAUUGGGACGCUUGGAUGCAUCGCUCAGAAUCCGGGCAGCAUUGAGGCCAAUAAGGUUGUUUCGCAGUAUCUCAUAAACAUCGUAAGAACGGGUGAACGGCCAGAACCCACAUUACAAGCGGUGUCGGAGAUCAUUGACAUAUACUCUGACGAAGCAUCCGCGUACGAUGUUAAUUUUCGACAAGGCAAUUAUCUUGAAAUCUUGUCGGAGCGCUCGGGAGCGGUGAAGAAGCUGGUGAAAAGCUUAAACGUGAAGAGACCCGGAGGAAGAAAGUUGAGGGGAUGGGGAGAAGGAGUUGCGAUUAAUAUGCGUGAUUUUGUUCGGUAUAGGAAGAAUUUGAGACUGUGA